UAUAUAUAUGUUCACACACAUACAAAGAGAUAUAUCACCAUCCUUCUCCGUCUCUCUCUCUCUGACGAAUGCUGAUUUUGCCCCGUAGUUGGUGCUCAUCCUUGCGCUUAACCCUCCUCCAUUGAACACAAACACACACACACAAACACGAAACUCAGAAUUUUUCUUUAUUUUUAUUUUCUUCUCCAUUUUGCUCAACCGUGGCCGAUAAGACCCUUCUCAAUCCCCUCCAAAAUUCAAGGAACUUGUUCACAAUCCCAAUCCUCCACAACACCAAAUCACAUCCCAAAUCUUCAAAAACCAACUCUCAGAGCUUUCACUUUCACUUUUCGGUUUUGGUUAAUCUUGCUCCCCAAUUGUGUUGAAACAUAGAAUCCGCCUUGUUUUCCACCGAACUUGCUCAAAAUAUCUUCCUGGGGAGAGUCAGAUACUGAUCUCUUGAGGUACUGAGAUCCAUUUAAAGAAUACAUUCUGUAUAAUUAAUUUGUUGCUCAUAUUCAUUGCAUUUUUGGAUGGACUAUUGCUUGAGAGAGCUAGAAGGAAAGCAAGCACAUGACUCUCUAUUCCUAGAGAAAAUGAAGAAUUCAUUAUCACAACGUACUACUACUAGUGAGAGAUGUGUGUGGGUGCCAGGGCCAGUGAUUGUGGGAGCAGGGCCUUCAGGGCUUGCAACAGCAGCAUAUCUCAAAGAGAAAGGAGUGCCAAGCCUAAUCUUAGAAAGAUCCAACUGCAUAGCAUCCUUGUGGCAACUCAAGACCUAUGAUAGGCUCCACCUUCACUUGCCAAAGAAUUUUUGCGAACUUCCCUUGAUGGGGUUUCCUUGUGACUUCCCCACAUACCCUACAAAGCAGCAGUUCAUAGAGUACUUGGAGAGCUAUGCUGAGAGGUUUCACAUUAGGCCAAGGUUUAAUGAGACGGUCCAGCACGCGGAGUUUGACGCCACGCUCGGGUUUUGGAGGGUGAAGAGCUUGAACAAGAGGGAGGUGGCAACAGAGUUUGUGUGCAGGUGGCUGAUUGUGGCCACUGGGGAGAAUGCAGAGGCUGUGGUGCCUGGUAUUGAAGGAAUGGGGGAGUUUGGUGGGACCAUAAAGCACACAAGUUUGUAUAAGAGUGGGGAAGAGUUUAGAGGGAAGAGGGUGUUGGUUGUUGGGUGUGGGAAUUCAGGGAUGGAAGUCUGCUUGGAUCUUUGCAACCAUAAUGCUACUCCUUCUCUUGUGGUCAGAGAUACUGUACAUAUCUUACCACGAGAGAUGCUGGGAAAAUCAACUUUUGGGUUGUCCAUGUGGUUGCUCAAGUGGCUGCCCAUUCGGUUUGUGGAUCGGUUCCUUCUCAUAGUGUCAUGGCUCAUGCUUGGUGACACGGCUCGGUUCGGAUUGGACCGGCCGAAAUUGGGUCCCCUUCAGCUCAAAAACCUGUCCGGAAAGACACCAGUGCUAGAUGUGGGUACCCUUGCCAAGAUCAAAAGUGGACAUAUAAAGGUACGGCCUGGCAUCAAGCGCUUAAAACGUUAUACUGUUGAAUUUGUUGAUGGAAGGACAGAGAAUUUUGAUGCCCUCAUAUUGGCAACUGGUUACAAAAGUAAUGUGCCCUAUUGGCUAAAGGAAGAGGAUAUGUUCUCUAAGGAAGAUGGGUUCCCUACGAAGCCAUUUCCAAAUGGAUGGAAGGGUGAGAAUGGGCUCUAUGCAGUUGGUUUCACCAAGCGUGGACUACUUGGUGCAUCAAUGGAUGCCAAGAGAAUAGCUGAGGAUAUUGAAAGGUGUUGGAAAGCAAAGCAUAGUACUUCUUUUUCUCUCUCACUUAAUGUGCCACAAUCCAAUUCAUGAUAGGUUUGAGUUUAAUUUGGUUUUGGCCCAAUUAGAGAUUAUAGAGAAGAGAUUGAUUAAAGUUGAUUUAUACACAUGAAUAUUUGAGAUUGGGGAAUUUUGUGGCGCCAUCAUACACGUGCACAAUGCUAUGCUAGCUAGUACCAAGAGUGGUGCUCCUCCAAUCCAUACAAGGAUAAGUGGACCAAAAAAAGAAAGGAAAUUGGUGGGGGGAAAAUUUCCCAUGUGGUGCCCUUCAGCUGAAUUUUGAUGCAUAUUCACUUGUCAACAUAUAUGGAUUUGAGAAUGAGAUGUUGAAUUGAAAUUGAAGAAGGAUUCUAGCUUGGGGUGGGGUAGGGGCAAUUUUUUCUACCUUAGUUCUCUAUGCAUUUUGUACAGUGCAAUUUUUUUUUUCUAAUAUAUGUAGGUUUGACUUUCUAGAGAACAAGGGAAGCAAAGUGACUAAGAAAAGAAGAUGACAGAUGAAGAAGAUAGUCUUUGGUAUGUGAUUGUGGUUUAACCUAUAUUCCCAUGGAAUUUUUAAAAUACAAAAUAGAGUAUGAAAUUUUGAUGCUUUUUUGCUGCCCCUUUGAGGCCCGAAUGCUUCCGCGGUUUAGGUUUUUUCUUUUCUUUAUUUUAUUUUUGUAAACUUUAAAAUCGAACAGAAUAGUUCGGGAAGAAAAUCUUUGUUGGUUUGGGAUGGAGUGCUA